AUGGUGGUCGCUGCUGAGGGUCCCGAGACCUGGGGCCUGCUCUGCACCCCGUACAUCCUUCCCUGCCUGCCUACCUCGCCACUGACUCCAAAACCACAGAGCAGCCUCCGCGGAGGGUCCGAGGGUGAAAGGCUGCGGUUCAUGCAGGGCCUGCAGGACGUGUGGAGGCUGGAGGGGGCGAGGGUGCUGGCCGCCUUCGACCUGUCCCCCUUCCGGGUCAUCUGCGAUCUCGGGGGCGGUUCUGGGGCUCUGGCCAAGGCGUGCGUGUCUCUGUACCCGGGAUGUCGGGUCAUCGUGUUCGACAUCCCAGGAGUGGUGCAGAUGGCGAGGACACAUUUCUCAGCCUCGGAGGACGAGCGGAUCAGCUUUCAUGAAGGGGAUUUCUUCAAAGACCCCCUCCCGGAGGCGGACCUGUAUAUCCUGGCCAGGGUCUUACAUGACUGGACGGAUGCCAAGUGCUCUCACCUGCUGGAGAGACUCUAUCAGGCCUGCAGGACAGGUGGUGGCAUCCUGGUCGUCGAGAGCCUCCUGGACGCGGACGGGCGGGGCCCCCUGACCACAGUGCUGUACUCGCUGAACAUGCUGGUGCAGACGGAGGGCCGCGAGCGGACCCCGGCCCAGUACCGCGCGCUCCUGGCCCCCGCCGGCUUCCGAGACGUGCAGUGCCGGAGGGCUGGGGGCACCUACGACGCUGUCUUGGCCAGGAAGUGAUCCCUGCAGUGCGUGUGACCCCCCUCACGAUGCAAAUCCUGCAAUAAAGAGAUGGUGUCGCUCACGCUUCUUUCUUGCCUUUUCUUCUUCUUUUCCCCCCUUGUUGUCUAUCUGUUCUAUGCUUUUCUUGUUUUCCUGCCUCCUUGAGGGAUGCCAGGUUUAUGCCCACGGAUGGUCACUUUGCAUUUCAUCUUUGUUUCAUUAUCCUUAUUUUCAUUUGAUGCCAAUCUGUUCUAUUUUGCUUCCUUUCUGUGAUGGAGUGAAGUGUCGGACAUGAGGUUCCUCCUGGAUGGGGGUGGCCCUAAAUCCAGGGAGAGGGUCCUUAUAAGACACAGAAGGGGGGAGACAUAGAUACAAAGGAGAAGCCGGAGGCAGAGACG